UGUCUGUCCCAUUGACUUACAUGAGUACACUUGUACUGGCUUUGUCUUUGAUGGCCUCUGUUAAAGGAGAUGUGGAUUGGAGAGAGUCUCUCUUGCAAAGAAUAGCUCAAGCUAAUCAAUCUCGAAAACAGGUGCCUACUUCAGAUAGUGGUUUUAGAGCCCCAAGCCCUGGUAACCAAUACCCAAGGAGCCAGAGCACUGGCUCUAGACAGUUGUGGGCCAGACCUCCUCCUACAAACUCAAGAGAACUCGCAAACAAUCGGUACAAUGAAAGAACCUACGGAUCACCAUACUGGAGGGGUGCACAAAGAACCGACUUCAGUAGACUAAGCGACUGGCGGAAUCGAUUUGUCGGUGACUCCCAAGUAAACGGCAAUUCAAAACAAGAGGCUGAUUUAUGGAGUCGCUUCGGCAGCAAUCGACCCGCUAAUACUCUCCCAAACAUCAACAAGAAUGAGUUGUGGAGACGUUUCGGAGGCAGCAAUUUUCAGCAGAGAGAGAUCUGGAGCUCCAAUGACGAGCAAUCAGAUGAAGGUCAAGUAAAAGAACCUGAAGACUGGAAGGAAAGAUUACUGCAAGGAAUUUCUCAGCGGCCAAAUGAAGAAGAUAGUAUUUUAAGCCAAGGGGAAGACGAUUGGAAAGACCGUCUCUAUCAAAUGAUUUCUGCAAGACGAUCUGAAAAAGGUCUAAAUCAGGAUCAAGAGAGUUGGAAAGAACGUCUCUAUCAAAUAAUUUCCGAGAGACGAUCAGGAAAUGGUCAGAAUCGAGACCAGAAUGAUUGGAAUGACUCAUUUUUGCAAUCGCUUUCAAGCAGGCAAGGGAAAGACAGCUAUCAAAGUGAAGACGCUUGGAAGGAUCGUUUACUUCGAACCAUUUCUGCAAGGCGAUCGGAAAGAAUUCAGAACCAGGACCGAGGCGAUUGGCAAAGCAAUAUUCGUCAAAUGAUGUCUGGAAGACAAGGGCAAAGCUACCUGAACCAAGAUCAGGGUGAUCAGUUUAUGUCCUUGUUUUCUGGAGGGUCAUCGGGAGAUGAAAUCAGUGCAAGGGACUUUAAAAGCUGGAUAGAUCGAGCCAUUUCCUUGGCUGGUGUACAGUCACCACUAAAAGGCUUCAUGCCACCUCAACAGAUGAUGCCCUUUUAAAGUGGUAACUUGUGCCAAAGAAAACAACAUCAUCUACAAUUUGAACUGGCGAAUUAGAUUUUUGUAUUGAAACAAAGAAA